AUGAAGACUGUCACUACCGCCAGUGAAGAGGAUGUCGUCGGUGAAAGUCAGCACCACUGGCACCACCACCAGCUAGGCACCAUGGAGAGAGAGAGCGGCAGCCCCCAAACACACACUGGCUCGUAUAUAUUGCACACACACGCUACUGUGUGUUACUGUGUGAGAGCCUUGGAAUCUUUACAAAGAAUUUGUUUUUGCUCAUUAAGUCACAUGGCCUGGACAGAAAACGAUGUUGGCAAUGAAAAAGGAAAUGACUCAACUGAUGAUCACAUCUUCUCGACAGAAGGGCAACCUUCUUCUGCCAGCAGAAGCUCUAUAGGCAUUAGUCAACCUAAGAAUAGUUUUGAAGGGAAAGAUGCUUUAUCCUAUGCCAACAUUCUCCGCUCCAGGAAUAAAUUUGUGGAUGCGCUUGCUGUCUACAAGAGUGUGUUGGAGGAGGAUAGUGAAAAUGUUGACGCCUACAUUGGCAAGGGGAUUUGUCUACAAAUGCAGAACUUGAAGAGGCUUGCAUACGAUAGUUUUUCAGAAGCUAUCCGGAUGGAACCGCAAAACGCAUGUGCGCUCACGCACUGUGGUAUCUUGUAUAAAGAUGAGGGUCAACUGGUGGAGGCUGCCGAGAUGUAUCAGAAAGCUCUAAAGGCUGAUCCUUCUUAUAAACUAGCUGCUGAAUGUUUGGCAAUCGUAUUAACAGAUCUUGGAACCAGCUUAAAGCUUGCUGGUAACACUCAGGAUGGUAUUCAGAAGUACUAUGAAGCUAUCAAAAUUGACCCACACUAUGCUCCUGCUUAUUACAACCUUGGUGUUGUCUAUUCUGAAAUGAUGCAAUAUGACACUGCCCUAAACUGCUAUGAGAAAGCUGCUAUAGUGAGACCCAUGUAUGCUGAAGCAUAUUGCAACAUGGGCGUUAUCUAUAAAAAUCGUGGGGAUUUGGAGUCUGCAAUUGCCUGUUAUGAGAGGUGUCUUGCUGUCUCUCCAAACUUUGAGAUUGCAAAAAAUAACAUGGCAAUUGCUUUGACUGAUUUGGGCACAAAGGUCAAAUUGGAGGGUGACAUCGACCAAGGUGUGGCAUAUUAUAAGAAAGCACUGUAUUAUAAUUGGCACUAUGCUGAUGCCAUGUACAAUCUAGGGGUUGCUUAUGGAGAAAUGCUGGAAUUUGACAUGGCAGUUGUAUUCUACGAACUUGCUUUCCACUUCAAUCCCCACUGUGCAGAGGCAUGUAAUAAUUUAGGAGUGAUAUACAAGGAUCGGGACAACCUUGACAGAGCAGUAGAAUGUUACCAGAUGGCUUUAUCAAUCAAACCUAACUUCUCUCAGUCAUUAAAUAAUCUUGGAGUAGUCUACACUGUCCAGGGAAAAAUGGAUGCUGCUGCCAGCAUGAUAGAGAAAGCUAUUGCAGCAAAUCCUACAUAUGCAGAAGCAUAUAAUAAUUUAGGGGUUCUUUAUAGAGACGCAGGGAACAUAGGUUUGGCAAUUGAUGCAUAUGAACAGUGCCUUAAAAUAGAUCCUGAUUCUCGCAAUGCAGGCCAGAAUCGGUUGCUUGCAAUGAACUACAUAAAUGAGGGAAAUGAUGAUAAACUAUAUGAGGCACACAGGGACUGGGGUUGGCGCUUUAUGAGGUUAUUUUCACAGUAUAAAUCAUGGGACAACACAAAAGAUCCAGAGAGGCCUAUUGUUAUCGGAUAUGUGUCACCUGACUAUUUUACUCAUUCUGUAUCGUAUUUCAUUGAAGCCCCACUCUUCUACCACAACUAUGCAAACUACAAUGUGGUUGUUUAUUCUGCUGUUUUAAAGGCAGAUGCAAAAACUAACAGAUUUAGAGACGGUGUCUUGAAAAAAGGAGGGACAUGGAGAGAUAUCUAUGGGAUUGAUGAGAAAAGAGUUGCUAGUAUGGUUAGAGAAGAUAAGGUUGAUAUCUUGGUGGAACUUACUGGUCAUACAGCAAACAACAAGUUGGGUAUGAUGGCUUGCCGACCUGCCCCUGUUCAGGUGACUUGGAUUGGCUACCCAAAUACCACUGGUUUGCCUACCAUUGAUUAUAGGAUCACUGAUGAACUAGCCGAUCCUCCUGAUACAAAACAGAAGCAUGUUGAGGAGUUAGUUCGAUUACCAGAAUCUUUUCUAUGUUACACACCCUCCCCUGAAGCAGGGCUUGUGUCUCCAACUCCUGCUCUGUCCAACGGCUUUGUUACAUUUGGUAGUUUUAACAAUCUUGCAAAGAUAACACCUAAAGUACUGCAAGUCUGGGCAAGAAUUCUAUGUGCUGUUCCAAAUUCCCGGCUUAUUAUAAAGUGUAAGCCUUUUUCUUGUGAUAGUUUGAGGGAGCAAUUUCUUUCGACACUGGAGAAGUUGGGAUUAGAAUCUCAGCGUGUUGAUCUUCUGCCUUUAAUUCUUCUCAACCAUGACCAUAUGCAAACAUAUUCUUUAAUGGACAUCAGCUUGGACACUUUUCCUUACGCAGGAACAACUACCACAUGUGAAUCUCUUUACAUGGGAGUUCCGUGUGUUACCAUGGGAGGUGCAGUACAUGCCCAUAAUGUCGGCGCGAGUCUCCUCACCACAGUUGGAUUGAGCAAUCUGGUUGCCAAGAACGAAGAUGAAUACGUGCAGCUGUCACUACAGCUGGCCUCUGACAUUACUGCCCUUUCAAGCUUGAGAAUGAAACUGCGGGACCUAAUGCUGAAGUCUCCUCUUUGUGAUGGAUCAAAAUUCACCCAAGGCCUGGAGUCUACAUACAGGAAAGUAUGGCGGAGAUAUUGUACGGGGGACGUGCCAUCUUUGAGGCGUAUGGAAUUGCAGCAACCACAGGUUGUUUCUGAGACAACUGACAAUUUUGCUGACCCAACAAUUGUGAAUUCUGAAAACAACCCCCCUGGACCAAUUAAGACGAAUGGCUUUAACCCAGGGUCAUCUUCAUUUGGCAACACUCCAGCUGGAAAGGAAGCAGUUGAAUGA